AUGACAUACAUUAACGCUCAGCCCCCGAAUAAAUCGCCCCUUCCCCCUCCACAAAACACCGCUCAAGGCAUCAUCUCUUUCCGAAUUCAUCAUAUUUACUUUGUUUCUUUGAGGUCAGAAAACCCCUUCUCCAAAGCCUUCCUAAAUCUUAGAGCCGCGUUUUCCCACGAUUACUCCCUACCUUCUUUUUUUUCUAAGUGUCGACUUUCGUUUUUCUUUCUUUCUUGCUUUCUUGCUUUCUUUCUUUCUUUCUUUCUUUCUUUAUUCAUUCCAUCGCUAGUCCCUUGCUUUCUUGCCAGCAGCCUUUCUUUCUUUCUUUCUUUCUUUCUUUCUUUCUUUCUUUCUUCAUCCCAUCCCUGGUCCCGUUCUUUCUUACUUGCAGCCUUUCUUUCUUUCUUUCUUUCUUUCUUUCUUUUCUUUUCUUUCUUCAUUCCAUCGCUAGUUGCUUUCUUGCCAGCAGCCUUUCUUUCUUUCUUUCUUUCUUUUUCUUUCUUUCUUUCUUUCUUUCUUCAUUCCAUCGCUAGUCCCUUGCUUUCUUGCCAGCAGCCUUUCUUUCUUUUUCUUUCUUUUUCUUUCUUUCUUUCUUUCUUUCUUUCUUUCUUUCUUUCUUUUUCAUUCCAUCGCUACCUUUUUCUUUCUUUCUUUCUUUCUUUUCUUUCUUUCUUUCUUUCUUUUUCUUUCUUCAUUCCAUCGCUAGUCCCUUGCUUUCCUUGCCAGCAGCCUUUCUUUCUUUCUUUCUUUCUUUUUUCUUUCUUUCUUUCUUUCUUUUUUCUUCAUUCCAUCCCUGGUCCCGUUCUUUCUUACUUUCAGCCUUUUCUUUCUUUCUUUCUUUCUGCCAUUCUUUCUUUUCAUUUUUCUUCCUCUCUUUCUUUCUUCCUCUCUUUCAUUCGUUCAGUCUUUCUUCCUCUCUUUCCAUUCUUGCUUUUUUCCUUCUUUCUUUCAUUCUUUCUUUCAUUCAACAUUGUUGCUUUUUUCCUUCUUUCUUUCAUUCUUUCUUUCUUUCAUUCAACAUUGUUGCUUUUUUCCUUCUUUCAUUCUUUCUUUCUUUCAUUCAACAUUCUUGCUUUUUUCCUUCUUUCAUUCUUUCUUUCUUUCAUUCAGCAUUCUUGCUUUUUUCCUUCUUUCAUUCUUUCUUUCAUACAGCAUUCUUGCUUUUUUCCUUCUUUCUUUCAUUCUUUCUUUCUUUCAUUCAACAUUCUUGCUUUUUUUCUUCUUUCUUUCUUUCUUUCAUUCAGCAUUCUUGCUUUUUUCCUUCUUUCAUUCUUUCUUUCUUUCUUUCAUACAGCAUUCUUGCUUUUUUCCUUCUUUCAUUCUUUCUUUCUUUCUUUCAUUCAACAUUAUUGCUUUUUUCCUUCUUUCAUUCUUUCUUUCUUUCAUUCAUUCAGCAUUCUUGCUUUUUUCCUUCUUUCAUUCUUUCUUUCUUUCUUUCAUUCAGCAUUCUUGCUUUUUUCCUUCUUUCUUUCAUUAUUUCUUUCUUUCUUUCAUUCAACAUUGUUGCUUUUUUCCUUCUAUCUUUCUUUCUUUCUUUCUUUCUUUCAUUCAACAUUGUUGCUUUUUUCCUUCUUUCUUUCUUUCUUUCUUUCUUUCAGCAUUCUUGCUUUUUUCCUUCUUUCUUUCUUUCUUUCAUUCAGCAUUCUUGCUUUUUUCCUUCUUUCUUUCUUUCUUUCAUUCAGCAAUCUUGCUUUUUUCCUUGUUUCAUUUUUCUUUCUUUCAUUCAGCAUUCUUGCUUUUUUCCUUCUUUCUUUCUUUCUUUCUUUCAUUCAACAUUGUUGCUUUUUUCCUUCUUUCUUUCUUUCUUUCUUUCAGCAUUCUUGCUUUUUUUCCUUCUUUCUUUCUUUCUUUCAUUCAGCAAUCUUGCUUUUUUCCUUCUUUCUUUCUUUCUUUCUUUCAUUCAACAUUCUUGCCUUUUUCCUUCUUUCAUUCUUUCUUCCUUUCUUUCAUUCAACAUUAUUGCUUUUUUCCUUCUUUCUUUCUUUCUUUCAUUCAUUCAGCAUUCUUGCUUUUUUCAUUCUUUCAUUCUUUCUUUCUUUCUUUCAUUCAGCAUUCUUGCUUUUUUCCUUCUUUCUUUCAUGCUUUCUUUCUUUCUUUCAUUCAACAUUGUUGCUUUUUUCCUUCUUUCUUUCUUUCUUUCUUUCAUUCAGCAUUCUUGCUUUUUUCCUUCUUUCUUUCUUUCUUUCUUUCUUUCAUUCAACAUUGUUGCUUUUUUCCUUCUUGCUUUCUUUCUUUCUUUCAGCAUUCUUGCUUUUUUCCUUCUUUCUUUCUUUCUUUCAUUCAGCAUUCUUGCUUUUUUCCUUCUUUCUUUCAUUCUUUCUUUCUUUCUUUCAUUCAACAUUGUUGCUUUUUUCCUUCUUUCUUUCUUUCUUUCAUUCAGCAUUCUUGCUUUUUUCCUUCUUUCUUUUUUUCUUCUUUAACAAUUCUAGCUUUUUUCCUUCUUUCUUUCUUUCUUUCUUUCAGCAUUCUUGCUUUUUUCCUUCUUUCUUUCUUUCUUUCAUUCAACAUUGUUGCUUUUUUCCUUCUUUCUUUCUUUCUUUCUUUCAUUCAGCAUUCUUGCUUUUUUCCUUCUUUCUUUCUUUCUUUCAUUCAGCAUUCUUGCUUUUUUCCUUCUUUCUUUCUUUCUUUCAUUCAGCAAUCUUUUUAGUCGUCCUUCCUUUAUUUUUCUUUGUCUCUCACUUCAUUCCUUUCUUUUCUUUCUUUCUUUAUUUCCUUCGUUCUUGCUUUUCUGCAUUCGUCUCUUUUCUUUUUCUACACUCAUUUUCCUUCUUAUUCUUUUCUUUGUUCUUUAUUCCUUUCUUUUCUUUUUCUUUCUUCUCAGAUCCUUUUUUUUUCUUUUUCCUACCAACAUGA